GCUACGAAAAUUGGAUUGGAACAACUGUUACUACGGGGCAGCUUUGCCUCCCCCCGCCUCAGGUAGGUCCUGGCAACCUUGUCUCCACGUUGUCUUCCUGUAAUAUAUUAUAUGGCCUAGAACGCUACAACACACCUUAAUAUCUUACCUCAACAUCCAUUUCGCCGUAUCGAAACAUGCCACUACUCUCCUUUACUUGCUUGGCAAUCUAAUUCCCCUCCUGUUUCUUCUCCUUUGCCCCUUCUUCUCCCUCUCUUGUCCUCUUCCUCUUCCUCCUUCAGAUCGUCCUCUUCCAGUCAGCCUAUCAUGGCCUCCACCGACAUCUUGAAUUUGAAUGGCAGCAUCGUGGAGGGGAGGGGUCCUCAUGUUACCAAGGUGCCCCUCGAAUCCAUUUCGCGUCUCGCUCCUUUCGGCGCCCUCAUUUUAUGCAUCAUCUUCGUCAAUUACUUCUUCGUCCGCUUCUAUAUCCUCGAGGGCUUCCUUCUGAGGAAAGUAUAUGGCGAAAUCUAUACCCGCAUGGACGACACCGCGAGACGAGGUUUCGUCAACCACCAUAUUGCAGGCGGCACCAAGCUCUUGAUCCUGAUUAUAGCCGCAUAUCCUUUUAUAGACGUUGCCUUUGGGAACGCCACUUUCCAUAGCCCAUUUGCGGGCUCCAAGUUAGUCACGCAAGGCGACGUGCUCAUCAUUGCCGCCCAGAUGCUCAUCGCCAUGUACGUCUUCGAGCUCUUUUAUCGGACGAAGAUCUCGCCCGUCAGCGUGGGCCAUCACAUCGGUACAAUCAUUAUAGGCGAAUCUGCCAUCGCCAUCAGCUUGAACCUCGUGAAGGAGAAGGAUGCAACGAUCGAGUUUAUUCUCUGUACAGUAUGGGGCGCCUUCGACAUUGUCUCGGAAUUCUUGCCCCAUAUCUCGAUUAUCCUGUAUCGCGUCUACCCAACCUCCCAUCGAUUCCUCAUGAAACUCUUCCGGCUGGCCAUGUUCACGACCUUCACGGGGACGAUGGCCGAGACGAUCCUCACGAUGUACUUAUUUGGCAGCCUAUGGGAUCGGUGGGUCCUUGCCUUCAAGAUCACCACGCCAAUGCUCCACGCUCUUUUCAUGUCGUGCCAGCUAUGGGGAACUUGGAAUUUCUACAAGAUGUAUCAGAAGCAAAAAUAUCUCUUGAACAAAAAAGAAGGCAAGAUUGACGAUGUUGAGCAACGGGCGCCAAUAGAACAGGAGUUGGAAGGCCUUCCAAGUCUCUCCGUCACGGCGGUGGGAGACUCGCUGCAUAGCGUCUCGAGAGAAGUCUCGAGGGAGCCCUCAAGAGACAGCUCGCAGGUCGAGCUGCUCUUCCCUUCACGGAAGGCAUUUUGAAAUUACAAACAUGUGCAAGUACCAAUAGCAUUUCCACCGGCGUUACCCUGAAGCGAUUUUUGGGAAGGGACGAGCAUAGCAUUGGCAUGAAAAGAUCGGAGUUCAGAUGGGAUAUCUGUAGCACUAAUAGAAAAGUGAAGCCAACUACGGCCUUCCACUUACUCCCACAUCUUUUAUUGAACUGCA